AUGGUCAAAGACAAGAAUUCAGAUACCAAUUUUCAAUCUUUGAUCACAUCUUACUUGAAUUUUGGUGAUUUUCGUUCGGCUGCGACGGUUUUCUUUGUGGGUUUUUCACAAAAUUAUCUUCGUUGGAAUGUUUUUGUAGAGGAAUUCAGGAGUUUUGGGGGGUAUCCGUUUGAAAUUCUUGAGGUUUUUGUUGAGUUGCAUAACAAAAGAGUGAGUUUUGACUGUAGAAUUCUCACUGCUGUUUUCAAAAUUUGUGCAAAUUUAAUGGAUAUAUGGUUGGGUAUGGAAGUUCAUGGAUGUUUGAUUAAGAGGGGCUUUGAAAUGGAUGUCUAUUCGAAGUGUGCAUGGAUGAACUUUUAUGGAAGGUGUUGGGGCACAGAUUAUGCAAGUCAGAUGUUUGAUGAAAUGCCUGAUCAAGAAGUUCUAUUGUGGAAUGAGGUUGUUUUAGUGAAUUUGAGGAGUGAGAGAUGGGUAGAGGCUCUACAAUUAUUCCGAGACAUGCAAUUUUCAUUUGUGAAAGUGAAUAGCUUUACGCUUGCUAAAGUUCUGCAAGCCUGUGCAAAAUUGGAAGCUAUUGUUGAAGGAAAGCAGAUUCAUGGGGCAGUUUUCGAUUCAAUGGAAAACCGUAACUUAUCUUCAUGGAACAUGAUCAUCUCUUGUUAUACUACACUUGGUAAUCUAAAUGAUGCAUGGAAGCUUUUACAUGACAUGGAGGGUUGUGAUAUGAAACCGGACAUUGUAACCUGGAAUUCUCUUUUGUCAGGCCAUUUCCUUUGUGGGUUAUACCGAGAAGUCUUGAUUCUUUUGCGGAGAAUGCAAGUGGCUGGUUUCAAACCUAACUCGAGCUCUAUCACCAGUGUUCUUGAAGCAAUUAGUGAAUUGAGUUUCUUGAAUCUUGGGAAGGAAAUACAUAGCUAUGUGAUAAGAAAUGGGCCUGAUUAUGAUGUAUAUGUUGGAACUUCACUGCUAGACAUGUAUGUGAAGAAUAAUAAUCUAACCUAUGCUCAAGCUGUAUUCAAUGGUAUGAAGAAUAGAAACGUUUUCGCUUGGAAUUCGUUAAUUUCAGGAUAUUCCUUCAAGGGCCAAUUUAAAGAUGCCGUAAAAUUGUUGAACCAGAUGGACAAUGAAAGAAUUAAACCAGAUUUAGUGACAUAUAAUGGUUUGGUUUCUGGGUAUUCGAUGUGGGGUCAUAAUAAGGAAGCUCUGGCCAUGAUUCAUCAGAUUAAAGUUUCAGGAUUGAUUCCUAAUGUUGUCACAUGGACCGCUCUAAUAUCGGGUUGUGCACAGAAAGGAAACUAUAAGGAUGCACUAGAGUUUUCAAUCCAAAUGCAAGGAGAAGGUAUCAGGCCUAACUCGGCCACCAUAUCUAGCUUGCUUCAAGCCUGUGCUGGUCUGUCUUCGCUACAGAAUGGGAAAGAAAUACACUGCGUGGGAAUUAGAAAUAGCUUCACGGAAGAUGUAUUUGUAACUACAGCUCUUAUCGACAUGUACAGCAAAUGUGGCAGUCUAAAUACUGCCCAUGAGGUUUUUCGAACCAUUCAACGCAAAACUUUGGCUUCUUGGAAUUGCAUGAUCAUGGGUUUUGCCAUUUACAGCCGAGGAAAAGAGGCAAUUUCAAUUUUUGAUGAAAUGCGUGCAGCAGGUGUUCAGCCUGAUGCUAUUACCUUCACCGCUCUCCUCUCUGGUUGCAAGCAUUCAGGUCUAAUCAAUGAAGGAUGGAAGUAUUUCGACUUCAUGAAGGCAGAUUACAAUAUAAUCCCCACAAUUGAGCAUUACUCGUGCAUGGUUGAUCUUCUUGGAAGGGCAGCGUAUCUUGAUGAAGCUUGGGAUUUCAUUGAAACGAUGCCAAUGUUGCCUGAGGCUACAGUUUGGUGUGCUCUUCUUGGUUCAUGUCAAAUCUGUGAAAAUUUAGAGCUUGCAGAGAGAGCAGCAAAGAGACUUUUCAAAUUUGAACCACACAAUCCUGCUAAUUAUGUUCUGAUGAUGAACUCGUACGCGACUUUGAACAGAUGGGAAGAUACGGACUGUGUUAGAGAGUUGAUGAUGGAUGUUACAGCAGGGGCGAAAAUUGGGCAUGCAUGGAGCUGGAUACAAAUCAAUCAGAUGGUUCACAUGUUCUAUACCAGAGGAAAAGCUCACCCGGAUGAAGGAGAGAUAUACUUCGAGUUAUAUCAACUAAUUUCCCAAAUGAAAAGAUUGGGAUAUGUCCCUGACAUCAAAUGUGUGUACCAGAACAUUGAUCACGUGGAAAAGGAGAAGGUGUUGCUUACCCACACUGAGAAAUUGACCAGUACGUAUGGACUAAUUAAGAUGAGAAAGAGAGCACCUAUUCAGGUGAUUAAGAACACGAGAGUCUGUUCUGACUGUCAUACUGUAGCAAAAUAUAUUUCUUUGAUAAGAUGCCGCAAAAUCCUCCUCAGAGAUGGUGUGCGGUUUCACCAUUUCGGAGAAGGGAAGUGUUCCUGCAAUGACUUCUGGUAA